AGUGGGCCAUGACCAUAAAAACCGGCGGCUAGAGGUUCCCAGACUCGCUCUCCCGCUCUCGUUUCCGCCGGAAGUGAUCUGUAGUCGCAAGUGCCCGUCCUUCUCUGCACGCGCGGCUUCCCGGUGCCCAAUUCUCGGUCCCGGUCGCCGAGUACUACCACAAUGGCGGCCGCUACGUUAUUGCGAGCGACGCCCCGCUUCAGCGGUCUCUGCGCCAGCCCGACCCCAAUUCUGCAAGGUCGACUGCGGCCGCUGAAGGCCCGGGCAUCGCCCUUCUUGUGUCGCGGCCUAGCCGUGGAGGCCAAGAAGACCUACGUGCGCGACAAGCCCCAUGUGAAUGUGGGUACCAUCGGCCAUGUGGACCACGGCAAGACCACCCUGACCGCGGCCAUCACGAAAAUUCUAGCCGAGGGAGGUGGAGCUAAAUUCAAGAAGUACGAGGAGAUAGACAAUGCCCCUGAGGAGCGAGCUCGGGGUAUCACCAUCAAUGCAGCUCAUGUGGAGUAUAGCACUGCUGCCCGCCACUAUGCCCACACAGACUGCCCUGGUCACGCAGAUUAUGUUAAGAAUAUGAUCACAGGCACCGCCCCACUGGACGGCUGCAUCCUGGUGGUGGCAGCUAACGACGGGCCCAUGCCGCAGACCCGAGAGCACUUACUACUGGCUAAACAGAUAGGGGUGGAGCACGUUGUGGUGUACGUGAACAAGGCAGACGCUGUCCAGGACUCAGAGAUGGUGGAGCUGGUGGAGCUGGAGAUCCGGGAGCUGCUCACCGAGUUUGGAUAUAAAGGAGAAGAGGCCCCAGUCAUCAUAGGCUCUGCUCUCUGUGCCCUUGAGCAACGUGACCCUGAGCUAGGUGUGAAGUCGGUGCAGAAGCUGCUGGACGCCGUGGACACUUACAUACCGGUCCCCACCCGGGACCUGGAGAAGCCCUUUCUGCUCCCCAUAGAGUCAGUUUAUUCUAUUCCCGGCCGGGGCACAGUGGUGACCGGUACACUAGAGCGUGGCAUUUUGAAGAAGGGAGAUGAGUGUGAGUUGCUGGGACAUAACAAGAAUAUUCGAACUAUAGUGACAGGCAUUGAGAUGUUCCACAAGAGCCUUGAGAGGGCCGAAGCAGGGGAUAACCUGGGUGCCCUGGUCCGAGGCCUAAAGCGAGAAGAUUUGAGGCGUGGCUUGGUCAUGGUCAAGCCAGGCUCCAUCCAGCCCCACCAGAAGGUGGAGGCCCAGGUGAGGGCUCCAGGUGAUAGUUGGGCAGGGGUAGGCCAGGUUGUUUGCAUAGAAGCAGGACUUUCAGAAGACCAUUCUACCCUUGUUCCUCUCCUAGGUUUACAUCCUCAGCAAGGAGGAGGGUGGCCGCCACAAACCAUUCGUAUCUCACUUUAUGCCUGUCAUGUUCUCCCUGACUUGGGACAUGGCCUGUCGUGUCAUCUUGCCUCCAGAGAAGGAGCUUGCCAUGCCUGGAGAGGACUUAAAGCUCAGCCUAGUCUUGCGGCAACCCAUGAUUUUAGAGAAAGGCCAGCGUUUCACUUUGAGAGAUGGCAACAAGACCAUUGGCACUGGCAUUGUCACUGACACACCAGCCAUGACCGAGGAGGACAAGAACAUCAAGUGGAGCUGAGUCUGGACCUCUCAGGUUGAGCUUUGCGCUAACUUAGCCAUAGUCUCUCCGUGGACACAAGCUGCAUCCAAGCAGAGUAAAACUAUGGACAUUUCUCCUCACAAGGGGUGGCCUGCCUGCAGAGGUAGGCAAAUAAACUGUUCCAUGAAUGUU